AUGGUUAAGAACAUUAAGAAAGAUGUCAAGGACGACUUGUAUGACGAACCCGGUGUCGUCGGUAGUUUGGGUGGUGUGGCACCGUAUGCCAAAGCUCAAAAGAUCUCUAUUGCUCAAGGUAAAAAAGAAUUAGAGGAAAAAUUGGCGUACACGCUUCACAAACCCAGACGUCGACGAGGAGAAUUUUUACCUGUGGUGGUGUUCGACAUUGAUCAACAAUGGGUAGCAGAUUUGAUCGAAGUACAGACCCUAUCCAAACAGAACAAGGGAUACCGAUACGUAUUGGUCGUGAUCGAUGCCUUUUCCAAAUAUGCGUGGGCCCGGCCGAUUAAAAAAAAACCAGGAAAAGAUGUGACGGAUGCGUUUGCAAAAAUACUCAAGGAAGCCAAAGGAAGGAAACCUCAGACGUUACAGACAGAUGCAGGCAAAGAAUUUUACAAUCAGACCUUUCAAUCAUUGAUGAAAACACAAGAGAUUCAUCACUUUUCUACUCAUGGAGAUGCCAAAGCCAACAUAUUGCCCAAACUUGUCAAUGAAUACAAUCGCACCUAUCACAGGAGUAUUAAAACCACACCAGCUAAAGUCACCACAUUCAAUGCCAAAGAAGUGUGGAACAAUUUGUAUGGGAAAUAUCAGACUAAGAAAGAAAAAAAGCCUGCAUUUAAAGUAGGCGAUAAAGUCCGAUUGAAUAAAAAAUUUAGACCGUUUGAGAAAGGGUAUCUACCAGGAUGGACGGAAGAAGUGUUUCAAGUUCGUAAAGUCGUACCCGGAAUGGUAACGACCUAUAAAGUGCAAGAAUUGGAUGACACGCCCUUACAAGGCACAUUUUAUGUGUGGGAUUUGGAAAAAGUACAUGUAGAUGAAGCGACUUAUUUUCGAGUGGAAAAAGUAUUAAAGAGACAAAAGGAUAAAUUGUUUGUCAAGUGGAAAGGGUACCCUAGCAAAUAUAACAGUUGGAUUAAUAAAAAAGAUUUAAAGUGA